UGGGUAUGUUGCAUAGAACUGCAAGGAGCUCAAUUUGGCACCAAUAAAGUUGCCAGACGCGCAAUAAGGAUGCUUCAUCGAAGUGCGCGCGGGUUGAGGACAGGCUCCGCCGUGGCGUGGACGAGAGGCAUGUCGUCCGUGCAGGUCAACAACGACGUAAGAAGCCUUGGCGCCAUUGAGAGGGCCGUCUCUGAAGCCACGGCCGUGCUCAGGAAGCAAUUGCAUGAUGCCGAGGUGGAGAACGCCCAACUGCGGCUGGCGUUGACGAAGGCAACACGGAUGCUUCCUUCCGAGCAACCUCCACCGAGCUUGGCACAGGGAAAGCCACUCGUGAUCCCUGCCAUCCAUGUCCCGUCGCCGCCGUUGCAUGAUGUGAAGAAGCAACAGCCUCCCCUUGUCCACGCAGCGCCUACUACGACUGCGGACGACGUGGAGAAGGCCGCGCCGACCGAAGCCAAGAUGAAGAGCGACUUGUACGGAGGGUCCACACCCGUGCAGUUCUACUUUCGCCUCAUUGAAUGCACGAGAAAGUACAUGUUGUCGCCCAAGCUCCGCAAGGUACCUACCUACGUCGCCGCCUUCUUGGUCUCAUUCUGCUUCCAUUAGACUCUCGCGACCAUGCCGUUGCUCCAAAUGUCGUGGACUGCGAAGGAAGCGCCCGCCAUCCUCACGGCGCUCAUUCUCAUGGACCGCCACCACGACGCCAAGACAUUCGCGUCGCGAUAUGCUUCGGACGCGGCCCUCCAGCACCGCUUCAUGGCGCAAGCGUCCCGCCUUCGAUGCCCCGACGUUGCCAUCUCUAUUCUGGCGAACGUUGCUGAGCAUCACUCGAACGAAGCCAUCGACGCCUAUUUAUACACGGGAGCCAUUUCCGCCUGCAGCAACGGCCCGGUGGAGUUUGUCCCAACUGCGUUCGACCUGUUUGAAGAUAUGGCCCAUUCUGCCCACGUUGAUCCCACGCCCUUGACCUAUUCGGCCGUACUCACCGCGUGUUCCCGCCUCGACAAGUGGGAUUAUGCCACACGUGUCCUCCGUACAAUUGAAACGUUGCCAGAUCGCGCUGACGUGAUGGCGAGUGUGAUCCAGUCUGUGGGUCUGGCCAACCACCACGAGUUUGCAUUUCGCUUCUUCAAGUUCGCCCUGGACGCCAAGCUGCCGCUUCCCGAGCGCGCCAUCCGCGUCGCCCUCUCGUCAUGCGCCAAAGUGUCCAACCGAGACAGCGCCGUGCACCGCCUCGACGCGUUCCUGCACUCGCUCCCCACAGACGAAUCAUAUUCGCCCAAGCUGUACAACGCCCUCAUCUCGGCCUACGCUAACCUCGAGCCUGCCACCAGCUUCCAAGUGUACGCUGCGAUGCAUAAGCGGGGCCUCGACCCAGACAUCUUCACGUACAACAGUGUAUUGCUGGCAUGUGUUCGGGCGCGGGACAUCCCGCGGGGCCUGGCGCUGUUCCGCGCCAUGCCGGUGGCGUUCGACUUGGUCACCAUCUGCACCAUGCUGCAGCUGUGUCGCCAGGUAUCGCCCCACACGAAUGACAUGGCUCAGUUGGCCACGGAACUGUACUACGACGGGCUCAAUGCAUUCGGGCCGUCUAACACGUUGUAUGAAGAGUACUUGGAAACACUUGUGGAGCAUGGCAACAUGGACGCCGCGGUGCAAUUGUACGCCAAGAACCGCCGCCUCCCUGGGUUUACGCGCACGUCCAAGCUGCUCAACUUGCUCCUCCGGGCAACCAAGCAUGACGUGGCAGCUGCUCAGCGCAUCUUUAACGAGUUUGCGAACCGGAAUAACGUGGUAUCGUCGGUGAGCUGGAACCACCUCUUGGCGGCGUACGUGGCAGCUCAAGACCUCGGAGUUGCAGAGCAAGUUCUGGCCAAGAUGGAGCAACUCCAGGUCACGACCGUGUAUAGCUACCAGGUGCUCAUGGCCGCAUACUUUGACUCGAACGAGUUUGCCCACUGCGGUCGUAUCUUUGACCAGUUUCAAGGGUUGCGGUUCCAGCGUCUGCACUCUAAGCCACACAAAGUGCCGCAGACAGGUCUACUCAUCCUAGCUUCAAAGUCUCGCUACGCUCUGAAAGACUUUGACGGCGUCGUGGCUAUGGCGCCGGCAUUUAACGCACCCAGAUUGAGCCAGCUCACGGACGGGUGCAAGAAGGAGCUGGUGCGACUGGCGAUUCUCGCCAGUGAACAACUAGAUGACUGGCAGACAUGUGUCCAGCUGUAUGGGGAGAUGGCCCGCGCCGGCGUGUCGGACGUCCGGAGUUACGAAGCCACGGUGAGAGCGGUCGCGAAAGCCGGCGAGUUCGAAGCGGCCCUCGACGUCAACGGAGGCGACUGGUAUCGCAAUGAUCGCCACGACAAACACUCCAACGGUUGGUUUAGCUCCCAAGAUGACUAAUAACGUAGUGUAGAUACUAUAAGCUACUAUUUUAAUAGUAAUCCUACUGGUGUGU